ACAGAUUCUCCUCGAGAGCCCUGUAAGGACAUUGGUAAAAUGUCACUGCCUUCAGGACACACUACGGGUCACACUGAUCAAGUUGUUCAAAGAAGAGCAAGAUGUUGGGAUAUUUACCAAAGGAGAUUUAGCAGUAGGUCUGAACCUGUCAAUCCUGGCAUGCAUUCUUCAUCCCAUCAGCAGCAAGAUGGAGAUGCAGCAAUGCAUGGUGCCCACAUGGACUCUCCAGUAAGAUACACUCCCUAUGCUAUUUCACCCUAUAAUCGGAAAGGCAGUUUUCGUAAACAAGACCAAACCCACGUUAACAUGGAGAGAGAGCAAAAACCUCCAGAGAGAAGAAUGGAGGGGAACAUGCCGGAUGGGACCUUAGGGAGCUGGUUCAAGAUCACAGUUCCCUUCGGCAUAAAAUACAAUGAGAAGUGGCUGCUGAAUUUGAUUCAGAAUGAAUGCAGUGUACCCUUCGUCCCAGUUGAGUUUCACUAUGAAAACAUGCAUGCCAGCUUCUUUGUGGAGAAUGCCAGCAUCGCCUAUGCACUGAAGAAUGUCAGUGGCAAGAUUUGGGAUGAGGAUAAUGAAAAGAUAUCAAUCUUUGUGAACCCUGCUGGUAUACCCCACUUUGUGCACAGGGAGCUAAAGUCAGAAAAGGUGGAGCAGAUAAAGCUGGCCAUGAACCAACAGUGUGAUGUCUCCCAGGAAGCUCUUGAUAUCCAGAGACUCCCAUUUUACCCAGACAUGGUGAACCGUGAUACUAAGAUGGCAUCGAAUCCUAGAAAGUGCAUGGCUGCCUCCCUGGACGUCCAUGAAGAGAACAUACCUACGGUGACGUCUGCAGGGGAGAUGGACAAGUGGAAAGGGAUAGAGCUGGGAGAGAAGUGUGCGGACAGAAGCCCAGUGUGCACGACCUUCUUGGAUACCUCCAGCAACAUAAACUCCAUCCUGGAAUUGUUCCCCAAAGUAUUAUGCCUGGAUGGCCAGCAGUCACCCAGAGCAACUUUAUGUGGUACUGAAGCCCACAAGAGGUUACCAACCUGUAAGGGAAGCUUCUUUGGAUCUGAGAUGUUGAAGAAUCUGGUCCUGCAAUUCCUGCAGCAGUAUUACUUGAUCUAUGACUCUGGAGAUCGACAGGGUCUCCUUAGUGCUUACCACGAUGAGGCCUGCUUCUCCCUGAGCAUUCCCUUCAAUCCUGAGGACUCAGCCCCGAGCAGGUUCUGCAAGUUCUUCAAGGAUAGCAGGAAUAUAAAAAUUCUCAAGGACCCCUACCUUCGGGGGGAGCUGCUGAAGCACACAAAACUUGAUAUUGUGGACUCCCUCAGUGUGUUGCCUAAGACUCAGCAUGACCUCAGCUCCUUCCUGGUGGACAUGUGGUACCAGACGGAAUGGAUGCUCUGCUUUUCUGUCAAUGGGGUGUUCAAGGAAGUGGAAGGACAGUCUCAGGGUUCUGUUCUCGCCUUCACCCGGACCUUCAUUGCUACCCCUGGCAGCAGUUCCAGUCUGUGCAUCGUGAAUGACGAGCUCUUUGUGCGGGAUACCAGCCACCAAGGGACCCAGAGUGCCUUGUUCACCCUAGUGCCCACAGCCUUCUCCAGCUCCGUGCCUGCCUUCUCCCAGGAGCAGCAGAAAAUGCUGCCUUCGUAACAACCAGUGUGACUACGUCAGAGCUCCUCAUGUUCUUGCAUGGCCCAAGAUGUAUUUCCCUGUGACUGAACCAGGAGAUCUGGCUGGGGCUAAGAAGCCGAAGCCCAACUCACAGGGCUGACUCUCAUCCUUCCAAAGGGGCCAGUUGUUCUGUGCACUUGUCCACCCCUGUUACCCCCAGGAUCUCUGUUCCUUUUCACAAUAAAGAAUGGUGUCUUGUUAUGUCAAA